AUGGGUAACUUCAGUGUCGUCAGGGAAUUUGCUCUGGGAUUUUCUCAUCUCCAUGAAUUUCGGAUCCUCCUGUUUGCUUUGAUCCUAUUGAUAUAUGUGCUGACAGUGCUGGGGAACCUGGCCAUUAUCACCCUCACAUGCCUCAACUCCCGUCUCCACUCACCCAUGUGCUUUUUCCUCUGCAACUUCUCCCUCAUGGAGAUGUUGGUCACCUGCACUGUGGUUCCUAGGAUGCUGGCAGACCUACUGACCACUCGCAAGACCAUGUCUCUGGCAGAAUGCCUGACCCAGUCUUUCUUUUACUUUUCCCUGGGCUCUACCAACUUCCUGAUCCUCACAGUAAUGGCCUUUGAUCGCUACAUGGCCAUCUGCCACCCUCUGCACUACCCAACCAUCAUGAAUGGUCCAGUCUGUAUGAAGCUGGUGGUGGUCUGCUGGGUGGUCGGGUUCCUCUCCAUCAUCUCCCCCACCCUGCAGAAAACCCAGCUCUGGUUCUGUGGCCCUAAUGUCAUUGACCACUACUUCUGUGACUCUGCCCCACUUCUCAAGCUUUCCUGCUCUGACACUCGCCACAUUGAGCACAUGGACUUCUUCCUGUCCUUGGUCUUUGUGCUGGCCACCAUGCUGCUCAUUGUGGUCUCCUACGUCCUCAUCGUGGCUGCAGUGCUGCACAUUCCCUCCUCCUCUGGGCGCCAGAAAGCCUUUUCUACUUGUGCUUCGCACCUCACUGUGGUGGUACUGGGUUAUGGCAGUGCCAUCUUCAUCUACGUGAGGCCAGGCAAAGGCCACUCCACACACUUGAAGAAGUCAGUGGCCCUGUUGACUGCAGUGGUGACCCCAUUCCUCAACCCCUUCAUCUUCACCUUCCGGAAUGAGAAGGUCAAGGAGGUCAUUGAGGAUAUGACCGAAAGGAUCCUCCUCAGAGACCCAGCAGCUCACAGAUGA